UUGCGCCUGCGCACUUGACUGAUGGUUUACGCUACGUACCUAAAAUCAUUUUGUGGAAAAUUUGAAGUUUGUUGUUUUAGUGACAACUUAUUCAUAAUUAUUUAUGAAAGCUUUGUGCUAAUUACCAUUCCAGGCGCGAGGCAGAAUUAUUCUGUAACAGUCGGCCUGGAUGCGUAUAGUCAGUAAGAGUUCGAGCGGUUGUACGGUAGCCAUCUUGGAUUCGAACAAAGCUUCAGAUGUGUAGUUUGUCUGUUUAUCAAUAAUUUUUGUGCAUUUUAUUGUAAAUAGUUUGUAUGUUUAGGAUAUGUACGGAACGUUCGUCCAUAUGUGUAAAUAGCUAUGGCUGCGUCAAGGAAAUUACAAGGUGAAAUAGACAGGUGUUUAAAAAAGGUCACAGAAGGGGUUGAGACAUUUGAAGACAUCUGGAAGAAAGUGCACAAUGCGACAAAUAGCAAUCAGAAGGAAAAAUAUGAGGCCGAUCUCAAGAAGGAGAUUAAAAAACUCCAGAGGCUACGGGAUCAGAUCAAGUCAUGGAUCGCCUCCGGGGAGAUUAAGGAUAAGAGUACACUUUUAGACAAUAGGAAACUAAUAGAAACGCAAAUGGAAAGAUUUAAGGUAGUAGAACGCGAAACAAAAACCAAGGCAUAUUCGAAAGAAGGUCUCGGCGCGGCGCAGAAACUGGACCCGGCGCAGAAAGAGAGAGAAGAGAUGUCCUCUUGGCUCAGUUCUUCUAUAGAUGCACUUAAUUUACAUGUUGAUUUAUUUGAGUCUGAAGUAGAGUCAUUGUUAGUGGGUAAGAAGAAACGUUUGGAUAAGGAGAAGCAGGACCGAAUGGAGGAGCUGAAGGUGAAACUGGAGAAGCACAGGUUCCAUAUAAAGAAGCUCGAGACGUUGCUGCGAAUGCUCGACAACAUGUCCGUGGAAGUCGACCAAAUAAAAAGAAUAAAAGACGAUGUUGAAUAUUACAUAUUGACAUCGUUCGAUUCAAACUACGACGAGACGGAUUGCAUAUACGACGACAUAAACGGCCUCGACGAGAUCGAACUGAGCGGAGUCGGCCUGCCCUCCUCCGCCACCACCGACAGUAACAACAGCAAUGACUCGCCCGGCUCCCCCACCAGCAUACUCUCAGGUACCAGCCCAAUUACAUCACCAGCGUUAGACAUACUAAACCAUUCAACAGAUUCUAUAGACGUGGAUAAGAAGAAGAAAGCGGAGGAACUCGUUGCCAAACCGGUGAAACCUCUCCCGCUGCGUGCGGUGAACAGCUGCGCGGUCACCAACAGCGCCAAUGUCACCUCCUUGCUCAAUCACUCCGCAGUAUCUACCAACAGUAUAAACACGACAGGGACAGGGACGGGCGCGUCGGGCACCUCCACCCCCAUCAAGCUGCCGCCGCCCAGCCCGCCGCACCCCGCGCACCCCGCGCACCUCGCGCACCCCGCGCUGCUGGCGCACCCCGCACACCCCGCGCACACGGCGCACCCUGCGCACCCCGUGCUCCUGCACCAGCGGAACAACACAGAGAUAGUGGAGAAUGGUCCAGUAUCAAUCGCACCACUACACAACGCUGUCAUCCAUCAAACACCUCUCGCUCAACCCCUACCUACGUCAAAAAGUACGUCAGCGACGCCGUCGAGCGCGAGUUCGUCGAGCGGCGCGGGCGCGGGCGCGGCCACGCCGGCGCCGCGCGAGCCCUCACCCCCGCCCGCGCCCGCGCCUGCGCCCGCCCCCGCACCAGCGCCCGCGCCCGCCUCCGCGCCCGCCCCCGCGCCCACGCUCAACGGGCCCGUCCUACUCACCAAUGCGCAUGCGCUCGCGCACACCCACCCACACCAUCAUAUCGCAGACAACGGCAUCGGCAGCCCGCCGCCGAGCGCCGCGCCCGCCGGCACCGCCUCGCUCAAGAGCAUGGCGCAGGAGGCCGUGCAGCGCGCGGGGCUCGACGCGCACCAUACACAGAACACAAGAAGAGGAACAGCAUUAUCUCAAGCACACAUCCCCCCUUUAUUAGGCGUCGCGCCUUUGGGACCCUUACCUUUAACAGCUGAGCAUCAGUUACAGUACCGAAUGAUGGAGUCAUCUUUCUACCAUAUGCCGCAUCCGUCCGACUCGGAGCGCAUGCGCAACUACCUGCCGCGCAAUAUCUGUCAGACGCCCCUCUACUACAAUCAGGUGCUGCUGCCGCACUCGGACUCUGUCGAGUUCUUCCAGCGGCUGUCGACGGAGACGCUGUUCUUCGUGUUCUACUACAUGGAGGGCACGAAGGCGCAGUACCUCGCCGCCAAGGCGCUCAAGAAGCAGAGCUGGCGCUUCCACACCAAGUACAUGAUGUGGUUCCAGAGGCACGAGGAGCCGAAGGUCAUCAAUGAGGAGUAUGAACAGGGCACGUACAUAUACUUCGACUACGAGAAGUGGGGCCAGAGGAAAAAGGAGGGCUUCACGUUCGAGUACAAGUACUUAGAGGACCGCGACUUGAACUGAGGGCGGGCCUCGUGCAGGCAGCGUGCAACGCCCGCGUCACUACCGCGCCGCACCCGCGCCGCAGCCGCGCCGCACCCGCGCCGCAACCGCGCCGCAACCGCUACCCGGUGGAAAACUAAAUUCUCUUUCAUUCCGUUAAGAGUAUUAUAUUUAUGAAUCGGCUCCUCGGUCUCUGUGAUGACCGCCGGCUGUGUGACUCGACUUUAAAAGUGAAUACAAGAUUGCACGAAAACGUCUCAACAAAAUGUUCAUAUCGAAGUAGUAUAGUGAGUGGUGUGCCGGGGGAUGACAGGGGAUGACAGGGGAUGGCAGGGGAGGGGCAGUGCAGUGCAGUGCAGUGGCAUGUCAUGUGAUGCAAUAACUUUAGUCCGCCCCGUGGGCUAGUAUUUAAAAAGAAAUGUGAUAUCGAUAUAGGAACCCGGAGCGUAUUCGGAUACACGACUUAAUAUGUUCCUUCCUCCUGUAAUAAAAUUAUUGUUUUUUUUUAAUAAUCAUCACUUUUGAAUCUGUAUAAAAUUUUGUAUGUCAUUUUUAUUUGUACAAUUAAUUGAUGUUUUGGAAAGUAAAUGUUGGUGUAUUUAUUAUCUGAGGUGUACAUUAGUGUCAAAUGUUGCUAGUCAUGCCAUCUGAAGAUGUUAUUCGGUAUUGCUCUGGGUGAUUUUUUUAACUUGUAGUGACUGCAACUAGUUUGUGUAAUACUUAGCUAACUUAUACAUACCACACUAUGAGUUAAACUAAAAUGUUAAAUCUGUCUUCAGGCAUUGGAGCUGUGUAAUUUAUGAGGAAUAUGUAAAAAAUUUAGUUUAAGUGCAAGAUUUUAAAUCGAUCUCAUAUUUGAUAACACUGUAGUAUGUUAUUUAUCCCAAAGACCCUUAAUGCCCGCUACAUAUGUACAGUUCUGACAGUUUUAACGGAAUAACCGAACUAUUCAGUACAAACUGUUGCAUAUAUAGGUAAAAUAUUAACUGUGCAGUUCAACUGACAGUUUAUAUUUUGUCUACACAUGUAGUUUUAACUGAAUAGCCGAACUUUAUUUGACUGUUCAGUUAAAACUUAACGGUUUGGCUGUUCAGUGAAAACUGAACUGAAUUUAUGUGACGGGCUUCACAUUGGUAUGUGUAAGUUAAGCUGAAGACAAAGUAUAAGGAACUCUCUCACUUAAGCUUUUGUUAAAUUUAUUGCAUUUAAGUUGAACAAAAUGAAGGGAAGCUCGUAAAUCACUGCCAAGUUUUAGUAUAUCUGGUGCAGGAUUUGAUGCGGACGGACUGUUGUCAUUUUAUAUAUGUCACAUUUAACCCUUUGAUUGCCAAAUGAUAAAUUAAACUCCAUUUAAGUAUUUUUAGUGGAAAAAUCGACCCCCAACGUUUAGCUCUCUUUUUUUUAUAAAUCAAAAUAAAAAUCAUAAAAUCGGAAUUUUGUAUUUUAAAUACUGCUAUAAUAAAUCUGGCAAUAUUAUGUCUUGGUCACAAAUGUAUGACUGAAUAAUCAUGUAAUUUAUUUUCCUAAGAAAUGUGAUUGUUUAGGGGAUAAUAUAAAAAUAAAAUUCUCAUUGAAUUAGUGCGUGUAUGGAGGUUAAUUAAGUGAAGAUGAAAGUAAGAUGUAUGGAAGAUGUAUGACCACCAGUUUGGUGUCAUACAAGUGAGCAGUAAUAAAAAAUAAGAGUAAUUGUAUGUAUGUUAAUGUAUGGAAUAAGAGGUGUACCAAGACCAUACAAAAUUCAUCAAACAGUGUUUUCUUAUGUCUAUUGAUAGUUAUUGGUGCUGUGGAAAUUUGUACUUUAACACUAUUGUUUUAAGGUUGAAAAUCAAACGGUUAAAUGAGAUAUAAGAGUGGGGGAGUUCAUUGUAUGGCGACUAACGUAAUGUACUGCCAGAGGAGGCCUCGUACAGUCGGCGAUUUUCCAUUAUGUGAGACAGAUUGUGUGAUUUUGUAAGUUUUACAAGGCGUUAAACCAUAUGACAUAAUGUACAAACAGUCGAAUUUAUAUGUAUGUAUAAAGGACAGGGCUUAUCACGAUCGACAACUUUGUAUUCCAUCAUAUCUCUUACAAAUUUUGUCGAUGUUACGAAAACGAAGUCGCAACUGUUUCAUUCGUGAUAGACCCUCAAUUAUUGGCUCUAUUGCAAUGUCAUAACACAAUUUCUCUUAAUAUUCUCUUUGAGUAAAUAGAUUUAUACAUAUGUCACAUUGUAUAAAACUAUGUCCAUAUGUGUCAAAUUGUAUACAAAUAUGUCCAUAUGUGUCACAAUGUAUACAAAUUUGGCCAUAAGUGUCACAAUGUAUACAAAUUUGGCCAUAAGUGUCAUGUUGUAUCCAAAGUGGUAAAAAUUUAAUUUUGGUUGUUGCAUGUAUGGGUCAAUUAGCAUCACAAUAGAAAUUCAUCUAGCGGUUUAUGUAGGCGGUAUUUUCCUAUUUAUUGACAUUUAAAUGCCUUUGUAGUUAUGGGCGAUAGUAACAGCAACUGGCUUGCGUUAUGUAAAAGUGUUUGAAAGUUUUGACCACUUUGGUUAUUACAUGUAAUACUGGAUACAUACAUAUAAAUGGUUUUCAGUUGACUGUUUGUAUAAACAGUUUUAGUACAUUUUCAGUUAAAGUGCAGUUGUAGGCGUCCAGUUAGUCACUAGUGUAUACUUGGCAGCAUUACCAUUGGUUAAAAUCAAAUUGUUUAUUUCAUAUCAAGACAUACUGUGAUGGGACUAUAACUGUGUGAUGUUAGUGAUGGACAUAUUUUAUACAUAAAAUCGGAAAGUGAUAAAAAUGUUUAAAAAUAUAUCUAAAGAAUCAACAUUG